AAAUUCUUAAUAAAGCUCUAACAGAGAUGUAAUUAAUUGGUCUAAUAUAUCAAUGGUUUUCAAGAAAUUAAUCUUCUCCAUAUGCACUUUCUUCAGUCUCAGAAGAAAAAAUGGAAUUGAACCACAGAUUGCUGAUUCCAAUAUUAAUCAAGAAAACUUGAUUAAGGAAAGAAUAGGGUUUCGAUUCGAUGAGUCCAAUGUGGAGGCUACGACGUUGUGUUGUGUCUGUUUGUCGAGUUUAAGCCGAGGAGAACGCCGUGCACUGCCAUGUCUCCACGAGUUUCAUAAAAUUUGUGUCGACAGAUGGUUAAACGCGUGCUGUAAAACAUGCCCGGUGUGCCGGUUUGCGGUCGACGAGGAUGAAGGGAAGAGACAGGAAAGAGAAGAGUUAACCGAGGAGAUGGUGAUUUGGUUUUCCUCCUUUCAUGUAGCUGGCUUCUGACCCAGGUUUUAUCGACUGGAUAUUUGCAUUUUGGCACCAGCGACGGAAAAUUCCGUCGAUGGAUUUUUUUUUUUCCUAAGUGUGAGUUAAUUCUCUUGUUUCUCUUUCCCACCAUCGCAGAAGCAUAUAAAGACUUUGUUGUGAAGAAAAUAGGAUUUGUAUGGGGAAGAAAUUGGAAUACAUGAUUUGGAAGCUGCA